AUGAUUAAGGGAGACCUGUCAUCCCUGCUGUCGUCACUUAAGGAGGUGAAAUUACCGCCUUUGGUUCAUCCUGACACCCUGCUAGCAGCUGCCAAGAGAUGUGCAGAUUUCGGAGGUAGCAAAGAGUUGCUGGAUGCUGCUGCAUUGGCAGGUAUCUUACUCCAGGCUCAUGCAAUCCAAGCACAUCGAGAUCUUGCGGAGGCUGGCAUAGCGCCACCUGGCAUCGAUGAGCCGUCGCCUCCGCCACCUCCCGAGACAGGUGCACCAGAGCCUCCUCCAACGCCAGUGGAGGAGGCAGAGCUGAGCCUUCAAGCCAAGCAGGCUAUGGCAGCUGCUGCAGCCACCAACCUCCGGGCGAGAAAGCAGACCGCUGAGCCCCAGGGAGUCCAGCCGACAUUGCCGCCGAGCCAGAUCGCGCCCAAUCCUUUGGCCGCGGUGCUGCAGAACAUACAAGUUCCACAGGCAAUGGUUGCACAUCCCAUGGUGCUGCCGGGACAACAAGCUAUACCCAGCUUCCCUGUGCGGGAGGUGAGAGACGUGCGAAUGACCAGGAGGCCGGAUGCGUUCAAGGCAGAGGUCCCUCCUGAAACGAACCGUGAAGAGCGGAAGGAGGAGAAGCUUCCGGAAGAGGACAGCGAACCAAUUCGCUGCCAUUUCCACCGGAAGCCGCAGCUGAACUGCAAGAUCUGUCGACGAGUCUACUAUUCUGCAGUAGACCCAAACUUUCAGAAGAAGGAUGAUAAGAAUAAGAUGCUGGACAAAAAGGCAGAGGAAGAAACACCAGGGGUAAGAAUGCGGGGUGCUGAAGCGUUUGAGAUAACGAACAAGCAAACCUACAACUUCAACUCCAUGUUGAGAGAUCAGAUCUUGAAGAACACCUACUUCAAGACGUUAGUGAAGAUUGAUACCUUCGAAGGCAUCAUGGAUGAAAUGUACCAGUAUGUGGAGACUGCGGAGACCUACGGUGGUGGAUCGACGACCGUGCCAUCCAGCCUGUUCUGCUGCCUUUAUCGUUUAUUCACCAUCGGUCUCUCGUAUGAUGAACUUAGUUUGCUCUGCGAGUCCAAGGAUUGGCCCUACAUUCGUUGUUGUGGAUUCUUGUACAUCCGCUUCGGAUGUGCUCCAGAGAAGCUCUGGGACUUUCUUGGUGAGUACUGCGUGGAUGAUGAGGAGUUUGAACCCUCCAAGUCAACGCCGGGCUUUAUCGUCACCAUUGGCGAGUACGUGGAGUCCCUACUGAUGGACGAGCGCUACUACUUCUCGACACUUCCACGGAUUCCCAUGGGAGUCAAGAAGAAGAUCGAAGAGAAGGUCGCACCAUUGGGGCAGUACAGAAGGCGAGCUGUUCAAAACAAGGCUGUCUUGCAAUUGUUCAAGGAACCAGGAACACUUGUCGAGGCAUGUCACGACAAUGGCACUUGGCUCGAAGGCACUGUGGUGCAAGUCAUUGAGUCUGUGUCAACUCGACUUAGUGUCAGGAUUCGAGCUGCAGAUGGAAAAGAAGAGGUAUAUCACUUGGGAAGAGUGAUCCUGCGCGAGGAUCCUCGCAAGGUAACAGCUGCGAAAGCAUCCGACGAACGUGCCAAGAGUAGAAGUCGAAGCCCAAAACGGGAAGCUCUAGGCCGUUCAAACUCUCCGGAUCUGACUCGAAGCCGUGGACAGUCACGAGAUGAAAUGUUGGACGAGCUCCGUGCAAAGCAACGGGAACGAGCUGUCUGCAGUACAGGCAAGGACUACCACAAAAAGCCCAUUGGUUUCAUGUCUGGUCUCGCCAUGAAACGGGAUGUGGGCCAAGCAUCGACACGUCUUCGCGAGGAAGAAACCUAUGCACCUCGUCAGGUGGAACACCGACAGAAGAUGCCUGAUAGCGAGAUGUUGCUGGGACGUCCGGAGAGCGAGCGAGACAGGGAGAAAGAGCUCCUUAAGCAGCAGCUCUUCGAAAAGUAUGGCAACAUCAAUCCCAGAGCGGCCACGAAGGAACAGCCUCCAGCUGACCCUGAAGAAACUGAUCGACUCCGUCUUGGCUGA